CCAUGUAUGAACGCAAAAAAAAAUAGCUUCGGGACCUGUUUUACCAAACACCUUUUUAAUGACCAAAAGGUGGUGAGCUAGUGAUUGUGUAAAUAUGACUGGUGACGUCUCGACCAACAAAGAAGGUUGUAAGAAGAGAGGCCGCUGCGAGGCAUAUGCCAUCAUGGCACAAGCUGCGUCAAUGCAUGCAGUCGCUGGCUGGCACUGUCAUUGUCAGCUGUACGGGACGUCUUGAGACGUCAUUUCCCCGUCUUUGGCGGAGGCAGCCGGCCCGUGCGCUCUUACCUAAUCCUGAAGCAAGCGAAGCACAAACCACCAAUUGUAAAUUUCGGCAGGUAGCAACCACCAUCGCACGUCCAACGAUCCCCUUUGAGCGACCUCUAUCCACCACACGAGAGCCGCGACCCUAGAAUUCAGGGCCUGCUCUCACGUAUAUACCUCUAUACAAUCAGACUGAGCGUCUAGAAGGUCAAGCGCGAAAGGCGCUUUAAUUCACGAUGUCGAUUGCCUCCAAAAACCUCUUCGAGUUGCUCGGCAACGAUCCUGAACUCGACCCCGACCGAGCCCCAGAGCCCCCUACAAAGGCCAUCGAUAAGCCUACGGCAAGGACUGGCAAGCGCAAUGGCCCAUCCGAAGCUCCUGCGCGGUCUGCUGGUAACACCACCAGUCGCGCGCCCAAGGACUCCGGCAACGCCAACGACAACUAUAUCCGUGACCGCGGUGUAGGAUCUGACAAGAACCGCAGCCGAGGCUCUGGUGAGCCCGGUGAAUACCGUGGUGGUCGCGGAGGCCGUGGUCGUGGCAGGGGUGGCCGAGGACGCGGCGGAGAUCGCGAUGACCGUCAUAGCAAGACCGGUCUCGGCGAGCACGAGAAACAGGCCGCCCAUGGUUGGGGAGGAAACGAUGGUAACGCUGAGCUGGCCGAUGAGCAAGCUGGUGAUGCCAUCGCCAAGCAAGACGAGAAGGCUGCUGUCAACGAAGACGCUGAGGCCGAGGCUGACCCCGAACCUGAAGACAAGACCAAGUCUUACGAUGCCUACCUUGCCGAGCUGGCUGAGAAGAAGUUGGCUCUCAGCACCAACGUGCGCAAGCCCAACGAGGGCAGCUCCAAGAAGUUCCCCGAGGGCACUGCUUUCGCUCGUGAUGAGGAAGAGGACUUCAUUGCUGGCUCCGGCGGCAAGGCCAAGCGUCAACGCGACCGCAAGGAGAAGGCCUUUGUCGAGCUCGACGGAGACCGCAUGCUCGCUGCUCCACCUCGCGAGGGCGGCAACUCCCGCGGUGGACGCGGAGGCCGUGGCCGUGGCGAGGGCCGUGGCGAGUUCCGUGGCCGUGGUCGUGGACGCGGUGAGGGUCGUGGUGAGGGUCGCGGAGAUGCUCGUCCCCGUGGCGGACGUGGAGGUCAAUCUGGCCCCAACCUCUCCGACUCCAGCGCCUUCCCCAGCCUGGGCUCAUAA